CCAAUUUCUUCUUCUUGUUUGCUGCACUGUUACCACUGUCCUGUCGUAGCCGGAUUCGAACACACCAAUUUCUCACUCUAAGAAUCGGAGCCAUUGAUUUUCCACUCCCAGCAACUUCCAAUCGAAUCUCCCAGCCUCUGCUUCUCCAUUUCCAUUGUACGAUCGGGGUGGAGCUGAGAAAUGGGUUACUGUUUGAUUCCCUCUCAAUCCCUCUCCGCGAGGUCCAUUUUGUGCCGCUCGUCUUCUGUUCGUGGCUCUUCUAGUUCGUUCUUGUCGAAUCUCAGCCAUGCACGGUGUUUUUCUUACUCCGGCAAGGUGGGGUUGAGUUUGCUCAAGAUACAGCCAUGGCAGGGCCGGGUUUCUCCGUUCCGGAAGCUGCACGAGCGAGCCGGGUUGGUUCGCUGCGAGAAAAAUGAUGAGAGGACUAGCGAGGGGAGUAAGGGAGGAGGGAAAGUUGGGAAGAGAACCGAUUUGAAGAAGAUUAUGAUUCUUGGUGCAGGGCCCAUUGUGAUAGGGCAGGCGUGUGAGUUUGAUUAUUCUGGUACUCAAGCUUGCAAGGCGCUCAAAGAAGAGGGAUAUGAGGUGGUUUUGAUUAAUUCGAAUCCGGCGACGAUCAUGACGGACCCGGAAUUGGCUGAUAAAACCUAUGUAACUCCGAUGACGCCGGAGCUCGUCGAGAAAGUACUCGAGAUGGAGCGUCCCGAUGCUCUGUUGCCCACCAUGGGCGGGCAGACUGCGUUAAAUCUGGCUGUUGCCUUGGCCGAGAGCGGCGCGCUUGAGAAAUAUGGGAUUGAGUUGAUUGGAGCGAAGCUUGAGGCAAUUAAGAAAGCAGAAGAUAGGGAAUUGUUUAAGCAGGCUAUGAAGAACAUUGGGAUUAAGACGCCGCCUUCAGGGAUAGGGACGACGCUCGAGGAAUGUGUUGAAAUUGCUAGUGAGAUUGGAGAAUUCCCUUUGAUCAUUAGACCGGCUUUCACAUUGGGGGGAACUGGAGGAGGGAUUGCUUACAAUAAGGAGGAAUUUGAGUCUAUUUGUAAGGCAGGUCUAGCCGCAAGCUUGACUUCGCAGGUUCUGGUGGAGAAAUCUUUGCUGGGUUGGAAGGAGUAUGAGCUUGAGGUCAUGAGGGAUCUUGCUGACAACGUGGUGAUCAUAUGCUCCAUUGAGAAUAUUGAUCCUAUGGGGGUUCAUACUGGGGAUUCCAUAACCGUGGCGCCAGCUCAAACUUUGACUGAUAAGGAGUAUCAGCGGCUGAGAGAUUAUUCCAUUGCUAUCAUCAGAGAAAUUGGAGUUGAGUGUGGGGGUUCGAACGUGCAAUUUGCUGUUAAUCCAGCUGACGGUGAGGUGAUGGUGAUUGAAAUGAACCCGAGAGUUUCAAGGUCGUCUGCUUUGGCCUCCAAGGCCACUGGUUUUCCAAUAGCGAAGAUGGCUGCAAAAUUGUCGGUUGGUUAUUCGUUGGAUCAGAUUCCGAAUGACAUAACAAAGAAAACACCUGCUAGUUUUGAGCCUUCAAUUGAUUACGUGGUGACAAAGAUUCCCAGAUUUGCUUUCGAAAAGUUUCCAGGUUCUCAACCAAUAUUGACAACUCAGAUGAAAUCAGUUGGCGAAGCUAUGGCUCUUGGCCGCACUUUCCAAGAAUCCUUCCAAAAGGCUGUAAGAUCAUUGGAAUAUGGCUACUCUGGAUGGGGUUGUGAACCCAUUAAGCAACUGGAUUGGGAUUGGGAACAACUGAAGUACAGCCUUCGAGUUCCUAGCCCAGAUCGUAUUCAUGCAGUAUAUGCUGCAAUGAAGAAGGGUAUGAAAGUGGAUGAUAUUCAUGAGCUGAGUUACAUUGAUAAGUGGUUCCUUACUCAAUUAAAGGAGUUGGUGGAUGUGGAGCAAUACCUCUUGGCUCAAAGCUUGUCUAAUCUAACAAAGGAAGAUUUCUUUGAAGUGAAGAGGAGAGGUUUCAGUGAUAAGCAGAUAGCAUUUGCCACUAAAUCAACUCAGAAGGAGGUGCGAUCAAGACGAAUAUCUUUGGGUGUCCUCCCAUCUUAUAAGCGUGUGGAUACGUGUGCUGCAGAAUUUGAGGCGAAUACUCCUUAUAUGUAUUCUUCUUAUGAUUUUGAGUGUGAAUCAGCCCCAACUCAAAAGAAAAAGGUCUUGAUAUUGGGUGGCGGUCCGAACCGUAUUGGUCAGGGUAUUGAAUUUGAUUACUGUUGCUGCCACACUUCAUUUGCCCUACAGGAUGUGGGGUACGAAACAAUCAUGAUGAACUCGAAUCCUGAAACAGUAUCAACGGAUUAUGAUACAAGUGAUCGGUUGUACUUUGAACCCUUGACAGUUGAAGAUGUUUUUAACAUUAUAGAUUUGGAACGUCCGGAUGGAAUCAUCGUGCAAUUUGGAGGUCAAACACCAUUGAAAUUGGCCCUCCCCAUACAGCAGUAUUUAGAUGAGAAGAAGCUUAAAUGUGCCAGUGGUGAUGGAUAUGUUCGAAUUUGGGGUACAUCUCCAGAUUCUAUAGAUGCGGCCGAAGACAGAGAAAGGUUCAAUGCAAUCCUUAAGGAGUUAAAGAUAGAACAACCAAGAGGGGGCAUUGCCAAGAGUGAUGCAGAUGCUCUCUCCAUUGCGAAGGAUAUAGGAUACCCGGUUGUUGUUCGGCCUUCCUACGUUUUAGGCGGUCGGGCAAUGGAAAUUGUGUACGGUGAUGACAAACUAGUAACUUACCUUGAGACUGCUGUGGAAGUGGAUCCAGAACGUCCUGUAUUAGUUGACAAAUAUUUAUCUGAUGCUAUUGAAAUCGAUGUUGAUGCAUUAGCUGACUCCCAUGGGAAUGUGACAAUUGGCGGGAUUAUGGAGCAUAUUGAGCUGGCUGGUGUCCAUUCUGGUGACUCUGCUUGUUCACUCCCAACGAAAACAAUUCCAUCAUCGUGUCUCGACACAAUCAGGAACUGGACUACAAAAUUGGCAAAGAGGCUAAAUGUCUGUGGGCUUAUGAACUGUCAGUAUGCAAUCACACUGGCAGGGGAGGUUUUCUUACUUGAGGCAAACCCUCGUGCUUCUCGUACCGUUCCAUUCGUAUCUAAAGCCAUCGGGCACCCAUUGGCUAAGUAUGCUUCCCUUGUUAUGUCUGGGAAGUCUCUAAACGAGCUAGGCUUCACUAAAGAGGUGAUCCCGAAACACGUGUCGGUGAAGGAAGCUGUUCUUCCGUUCGAGAAGUUCCAAGGCAGUGACGUGCUACUGGGGCCUGAGAUGAGAAGCACUGGUGAGGUUAUGGGUCUUGAUUUCGAGUUUCCCAUUGCAUUUGCAAAAGCUCAAAUUGCAGCUGGGAACAAGUUACCACUUUCUGGUAGCCUGUUCCUCAGCUUAAAUGACUUGACAAAGCCCCAUCUUCCCAAAAUAGCCAAGGCAUUUUUAGAGCUUGGAUUCAACAUUGUUGCGACUUCUGGAACUGCCCAUGUUCUCGAAUUGGAAGGCCUUCCCGUCGAGCGAGUGCUGAAGCUGCACGAGGGGCGGCCUCAUGCUGGCGACAUACUUGCCAAUGGGCAGAUUCAGUUGAUGGUGAUCACUAGUUCUGGUGAUGAUCUUGAUCAGAUCGAUGGACGACAUUUGAGGAGGAUGGCCCUUGCAUAUAAAGUUCCGAUAAUAACGACGGUUGCUGGAGCAUUGGCAACUGCAGAAGCUAUAAAGAGCCUGAAGGCCAGUGGUGUUUCGAUGGUUCCACUUCAGGACUACUUUGUCGAGACGAAAAGCGGUAGUCGAAAGGACUUGCAGUCAGCUUCUAUAUGAUUCUGCUGUACAUACAUUUAUUAUUCUCAAACUUCGUCGACAAGCUCGCGGUGACAAAUUUUAAGAGCGAAGCAAUGGCUGUCUGGUUUGGAUUCUAAAUUGUAAAAUAUAAGUAACUUUUUUGUAAUUGUACAACUGUUUCAUGUUGUUGGUAUCUUCCCACUCCACAGCAAUGGAGAAAUAUCUUUCAACUGAUGGAUCUAAAUCUGUUUCCUCCUUGAUUGUGAAGCAGCUUCCAUUUAUGAAUGCUUGGAGAAACAUUUUCUAAUAAAGUUGAGAGAGCUAAGGUAAGAAGUUCACAGAUUAUCUUUCAAUGCAGUUAUUUUCAAUUA